AUGGGCAACCUUAUUUCCCCUCUCUCCAUCAAAGACAUUAUUCAGUCAUUCUUCCGCAGCUGCGACGAGCCCGUCCUCUCAUUCCCGGUGCCAAUUUGCCUCGCCCCGGCGACGAGCUGGAUGCUCCCGUCACCGGCACCACUGCAGCUGCCGCCGGCGACGCCCCGACGCAUAAACAGCACCCCGUACGUAGACACCAGCACCACGGCGACCCACGCGUUAGUACGCAGGCGGCGAGACCAUGCUCUUGAGAAAAGUCUUGAGGCGGCCAUCGGAGGAGCCCUGGCUCGAGGUGCUCGAACGGCGGCGCGACAUGGCAUUCGUCAUGUCACAGGGCCCGGCCGAGGGGUGUCGCGUGACGCACACGCGGUUCGAAGGGUCUGGGAAGCGUUUACAAGUCAAUCUCACCUAUCCUUUGAUCGUAGUACUUUUCAACAGCAGGUCGCUCUUCAAUGA